AUGCAGUGGGUCUCGAAUCCGAUCCCCGAAACAUCUGCCCAGAGUUUCAAGCAUCGUGUAGCGCAGCACGACUACAUGCCGCUCCCUUCCAGCGUCAAAAAGGAAAACUCUGAUGCGCCACGCAGCGACAAAGACUACGGCUACGUCGUUCCGCAUGGAUGCUACCUGGUCAACCUUGCCAAUCCGGAGGAAGCCAAACGCGAGAAAUCGUUCGAAGCGUUUAUCGACGAUCUGCAACGCUGCGAGCAAUUGGGCAUCCGCCUGUUCAACUUCCAUCCAGGCUCGAUGACCGCCGCGUCAGCAUCCGGGGAAGAGCCACCGGAUGUCGGGCCAUUGUCGCAAGUCCGAGCCGCCAAAGCAGAUGCGUGCACCCUCGUUGCGUCAUACAUCAACCGCGCCCACUCGCUCACGUCCUCCGUCGUCAUCCUGAUCGAGAACAUGGCCGGCUCGAAAAACGAUACCAUCCUCGGCUCUUCCUUGCGUGACCUCGCCGCCAUGAUCUCGGGAGUCACAGACAAGGCUCGUGUUGGAGUGUGUAUCGAUACAUGUCACGCCUUUGCCGCGGGGUACGACUUGACUUCCCCCACCUCGUACGCCGCGUUCACGUCGCUCAUCGAAGAAACCGUCGGAUGGCAAACCGUCCGAGCAUUCCACCUGAACGACUCCAAGUUCCCGCUAGGAUGCAAGCGCGAUCGACACGCCAACAUUGGGCGCGGGCAUAUCGGACUUGGCGGAUUCUGGUGCAUCGUCAACGACGACAGAUGGAACGGGAUCCCGUUGAUUCUAGAAACGCCGGCACUGGGCAAUGCGUCGUCUGCAUAUCCGGCAAAGGAAGCGACGAAGAAGAUGCACGAGGUGUGGGGCUAUCAGAUCCAGGCGUUGUACGCAUUGAGGGGUACCAAGUGGGGAGAGUGGAAGGUGGCCGAGGAGUGGUUGCGGCGAGCGGACGAGGUGGUUGCGCAGGCGGAAAAAUUGCACGCGGUAAAGAAGGGGGCAAAGGGAUCGAAUAAGAAGCCGAAAGCUAAAGUGGGCAAAAAGAAGCAGGCUAGCGAAGAGGAAACGGAUGAAAGCGAGCUGAGCUCGGACGAGUGA